GCAAAAGUUCGCGGGUCGGAUAUUAUCGUGUUGCAUGCGGCAUGUGGUUACUCCACCAAGCACUUCCUGUCAUUCAUUCAAAACGAGAAGUUUCGGAUCCUGAUUUUGAGGACGGUAUAGAAAUUAAGGCGGCACCAAGAUGGAGAGUAUAGCAGGAGGGUUUGGAGACCUUCUCCGCGAUGCAGAGCAGCUGACUGCAGACGUGGAUACAGGCAGUGAACUACCAAGGGUAGAACAGACCUUGCAUCAAAUCAUGGAAACCAGUCAGAGGCUUUGGACAAAGACUGCUCAGCUGGGUACAUCAGAGGCAGCUGAUGUCAAAGCGUCCAUUCUGUUAGGUUCCAAAGGACUAGACAUUCCCAGGAUAUCACAGCGCUUAGAGACAUUGAGUGCAGUGAAGACAUAUGAACCUCUUGAACCUAUUGCUGACACAGAUAUACAGGGUUUGCUGAGGAAUGAGAGAGAGAAUGCCCUGCUAGCUGUUAUUGAAGAAACAAAAAGGAAUACCAGACUAGAGACGGAACAACGCUUCUGGCAGUCUAAGCAGAAUGAAUGGGAGGUUGAGAAACAGCGGAUUCUGAACACACUGAUCGGUUCUAGCUCUGAACUCAUUGAUGUCUCGGCUGAAACCAGUAACCUGUUCAGUGAUGUCAGCACUAGGAUAGAAGGUCGUAGUGCCAUGGAUAGUAUGGAGAUGGCUUAUGCCAGACAGGUAUACAUCUACAAUGACAAGGUAGUGAAAGGUGGUAUGAAACCAAACCUCAUCAGUCUCUUUGAAGAAAUGGCACAACAGUUUGAAGACAAGAGGAUAGAAGACUUCUGGGCCAUGGUCAGGGAGAUGUCAUCCGUUCCCAUGACGAUCUCUUCAGAUUCUGUGUCUGUGAGAACAGAAGAAAAUUUGCAAAUGGCAUUUAUCAGACAAGGAAGGAAAUUCUUAGAACAUAGUUACAUAGAGUACAUCAGUAACAUCAUAGGUGAUAACCUGAGACAGGCUAGACUUGGUGGUGUUCCUGGUGUCUACCAGCUUGUCAAAGGAUUCCUCAAAGUCAAGCUUCCUGCAGCCGUCCCUGGCCUCGAGGAUGGUCUUGUGGAGGGUCUACCGGUCUGGCCUGUGAUAUACUACUGUAUCCGAUGUGGAGAUCUAGACGCUGCUAAGAUCACAACCAGAAAGGCUGCCCAGGGUCUUGGUGAGUUCAGUGAGUAUCUCGAAGAAUACAUGCAGAAUGAAGAUAGAAGGUUAUCACCUAGCACAGAGACCAAGCUGAGACUGCACAACAGGAGAGCUGUGAGGAACAGUACAGAUCCAUUCAAGAGGGCUGUGUAUUGUCUGCUAGGACGGUGUGAUACAAUGGACAACCAUGCUGAGGUUUGCGAGAAGACUGAAGAUUACCUAUGGCUCAAGUUAAGUCAAGUUCAGUUUGGUGAGUCACCAUCAUCGUCUAGUAGUAGCAGCCAGGCUUCAUCUGAUAGACUGACUCUCCAACAGCUACAAACCACACUCCUGGAAGAAUACGGAGAGAGCCACUUUAGUGCACAUCAGAACCCAUACCUCUAUUUCAAAAUCCUGUUCCUGUCCGCUCAGUUUGAGGCUGCUAUAGAGUUCUUAUCCAGACAUGACAGUGGUCUUCGAAGCCAUGCUGUACAUGCUGCUAUCGUUCUACAUGAGCUAGGUCUCUUAGCGCUACCUGGUAACAUACAGGCUCAGCUGUUGAGUCGGGAUCCCCAGGACCCACUUCCUAUGCAUAGACUCAACUUUGUUCGUCUUAUCAGCAUGUACACAUCCAAGUUUGAAUCUACUGACCCAAGAGAAGCUCUGCAAUACUUCUACUUGCUCAGGAAUCUCCGAGAUACAAGUGAAAAGAGUUACUUUGUGCGUUGCCUGAGCGAGCUUGUGAUUGAGACGAGAGAGUUUGAGACGUUACUAGGGCGCAGGGAGAGGGAUGGAGCUAGGAGACCGGGAGCAGUCGACAAGUUCCAAGUGGAUACUCAGAGCAUCAUUGAGACGGUUGCUAUGGAUACAGAGACCAAAGGAUUGUUUGAGGAUGCCCUCAAGCUGUAUGACCUUGCUGGGAACACGGACAAGGUUCUUGAGCUGAUGACCAGACUUCUGAGCCCCAUCAUAGCAUCAUCAAACAGCCCACAGUCAAACAGAGAGAGAUUACAGGCACUCUCGAUCAGCAUCGCAGAGAGGUAUCAAUCCAAAGGUCUGACAGGAAGUCCAGCCAACACCAAGUCCUUCUAUCUCUUGCUUGACCUGAUGACCUUCUUUGAUGCGUACCACAAUAGAGAUCUGGAUAGAGCAUUAACGACGAUCAGUCAACUUCAGCUGAUUGCCCUGAGCCCUGAAUCAGUAGAUGACCGAGUCCAUGGAUUCAAGCAGUACACGGACGAGAUUCGAAGAACUCUUCCAGAUGUCCUCCUAGCUACCAUGACUAUCCUCUACACCAAGUAUCGUUCAUGCCGUAGCAGUGGAACUCAGAGCCCUCAAGCUAGGGCUGGCCAACGUCAUGAGAAUGGAGGAAAGGAAUCCUUCCUAGCACAUCUGAGGAAGCAAGCCAAAGCUCUGAUCACCUUUGCUGGAAUGCUGCCUUAUAGAAUGCCAGGAGAUACCAAUGCACGCCUUGUACAGAUGGAAGUCCUCAUGAACUGACAACCUCGCCGGGCGAUGGUCUUACAGGAUGCUAUGAGAUAACACAUGCCUGGAACAAGUCCUCGAGUUUAAAGAAUUCUAGGACAUACCAACACAUGCUUUGUGCAGAUAGAAGUCCUCAUGAACUGAUAUCUUCAGAGAUGGUCUUAGAUAAUGCUAGGAGAAAACAACUUGGGUUUAAAGAAUACUAUAUACCAAGGCAGAUGGACAUUUUCAUGAACUGAUGACUUCAAACUUUUCCUGGUAGUCUACAAGAUUUUCAGAAGAAACUAUUGGUAUUAUUAUCAUUAAUUGUCCAGCAUCACCUGUGCCUCAGAAAAUUAUUAAUCGCUAUGACUUGAUGGGGAUUCCUCCCAAGUAUAACAGGAAUUCAUAAACACUCACUCUCUUUGUAUGUGACGAUAGUCAUCUUAGCAUUGAUGAAGAUGAAAAAUUGCUAUUUUGAAUUUUACGAAUUACAGUUGAAUCACUUUUCCUUUAGUAUUUUGUUACAAUUUCACAGCAUAAAAAAGGGUUCUAAAAGAAUUGGAAAGCUCUACCACGAGUAUCUCUCAUCAUGAAGAGUUUUUUCAUGAAAUUGGUCUUUUAUUUCUUUAUCACCUUUUACUAAACUUACCUUUUCACCUAUUCUCUGUGCUAAACC